UAGAGAUCAAGCCCUAGUUCAGUAUCUAUUAUAAGUGAGUAACUUUUGCGGCAGAAGUUGCUGUGUUCAGGUUUUGAUUUCUGGGUUUGUUGAGUUUGAAGUGGGUUCAUGUGAUUUUUCUUGGGUUUCAUUUGUGUAUUUGUAUUUUUCAAGAAAUCUGAUUUUUUUUUUCCGAAAUAUUGUGUUGAAAGGUAAUUAUUUUCAGAGUUUUAAGUUCAAAAGGUGUGGGUUUUUUCAUUCUCAGGUCUUAGAUUUAUAGUGUUUUUAGGGUUUUGGGUUUUUGUUUGUUGGUCUAUGAAUGGAGGGAAAUUUAGGUAUCAACAGUUUUGGAGUUACAGUUAAGGGUGAUGAAGCUCCAGAGAGCUUCAGGGUGGCUGCAAUGGGUGAAAAUCUUGGUCAAUUUGGCGGAUCAACGGCUGCACCGACUCCGGCGCCACCGGUAAGCGCAGCGGUGCCAGUGCCGGGCAGGGAGGUGAAGAAAAAAAGGGGAAGGCCAAAGAAGUACGGACCAGAUGGGUCACCCAACAUAGCACUGUCACCAAUGCCGAUUUCGGCUUCGAUUCCACUUACCGGUGAUUUCUCAGCCUGGAAACACGGUCGGCCAAUUGAGUCAUUCAAGAAGAAACACAAAUUGGAGGUUGUAAGUCCAGGUGACCGGGUAGCAUACUCUAUUGGUGCAAAUUUCACGCCCCAUGUGAUCACUGUUAACGCUGGCGAGGUACUUCUACAUGUCAGAGAAAAUCAAUAUUUUUUUUAA